AUGUUUGAGAUGAUCGACGCUGACGGUUCAGGUGCAAUCGAGGCCGCUGAGUUCAUUGCACCAUUGAGCCGUUGGGUGCGCGACUCGAAGACUGCACCGCGCUUCAUCAAGUACAAUCUUCAGCAAACUAUGCAGACGCAGGAAGAGCUUUUAAAGAUGUCGCAAUACGGUUUCGCCGUCAUGAAUCAAAGGAUCGAGGAGUUGUCCGAGACUCUGAGAGGUGAAUUUUUCGAGCCACACGCGCAGGUUGGUCCGGACGACGAAUCAGAUCUGUUUGAUUUGGAUGGGUUGGAAUCUGCGCAGACGCCUGGAUCUGAUGGUUAUCUCAGAAAUGUGCUACGGGAGACCAUGUUUGCUCUGGAAAGCUCAUUGUAUGGCUUCUACCUGCACGUCUAUGCAGAUCCAGCUGCGGUAAUCUACCAGGUCCGGCAAGUGAAAAAGUUCUUCUUGGACUCACCAAUCUAUGUGAUGAGCGAUGGCGGUUUGGACUUCACGACCCUGUGCAAGGAGGAGGGCUGCACGUUUGUGCUCUGCCCACCGGCGAACGAUCGCUGGCAUCCUUGGCCAUUUUUUCGCAGACUUUGGGAUGCAGCCAACAGUUUGGCCGUGAAGUACAUCAUCAUGUUGGAACCUGACAAUACCAUUCAUGGAUACCCGAAACGGCCCCCUGGGGCUGACCUUGGAGGAUUACUGGUGCAGGGCCGCAGCUUCGGUCUGGUUCGGUAUGUGGAGAAGAUGGCGCAACAGCGAAGUCCUGGUUUCAAGUGGACGAAGAAGAGCAUGUCUUCAGGGCUGUGCGGAGGCGCGUACUUUCGGCGUGAGGCAGUGCUGGACGCUCUGUCCGAUGAGAGCAUGAUGAAGCUGGACUGGAACUAUCUAGGUGACAGAUUGAGCAAAGAGAUAUUUUCAUCCGAUUUUGCAAUGCAGUAUGCAUUUGCAGCUCGGGGCUGGAGAAUCGAACCUUGGGAGGAGACUGCGCAGAUGGACAAGCAUCCCGACGAGCCCUUGACUGGAGCCAAAGAUGCGGCAUUCCGCCACUACUGCUCUUGCUAUCCUGGGGGCAAACCCACCUACAACCUCAAAGUUGCAAAGGCCGACGAGAGGCUCUUCAAGAGUGGUGGGUAUCAUAUGACCUCUGGUCCAUAUUCUUCAUCUGUCUGCCAAGUCUGCUACAACUCGACUCGGUACAUUCAGCUCUGGGGCUCUGCGAAGUGCACAAACACUAUUCCGUUCCAGCUUUCGGAGAAGCUGCUGAAGAGGUGGUGA